ACCUCAACGCUGUUCCGAGUGGCUGACUGACUUCCACCGUCCGCGUAAAUGAGCUGGAUGUUAAUUGUUCGAAGGAGCGCAGUCCGACCCAAUCCGUUGCUUCCUCAUCGGGGCGCUGCUUCCUACAUACGCGCGACACCAUUAUGUUGUCCACGCUACAGCUCAACAUUCUGCCCUACUAAUAUUGCUGAGCUACUAAAAUCCUCUUCCCAGCACUCAUCAUCAUCCCCUCGGCGGGGCCUAUCAGAUGGUGAGACGUUGACAGUCAAUGGCUACGUACGCACUGUGCGAAAGCAGAAGCGAGUUGCAUUCGCUGCGAUAGGCGAUGGCUCGACGUUACAGUCUGUACAGGCUGUUCUAUCCCCCCAAUUAGCAGAAGGGCUUUCCACUGGAGUUGCAGUAGCAGCCACUGGAAGAUGGAUACCGUCGCCAGGCCAAGACCAAUCUCAUGAGUUACAAGUGGAAAAUAUUCGCAUAUUAGGGGAGAACGAUGCUGCAACUUCUCCAAUACAAAAGAAAUAUCAGACGCCUGAGUAUCUCCGGACCCUUCCUCAUCUGCGACCUCGCCUGCCAUUCAAUGCCCUGCUUCUGCGCUUGAGGUCCUUGGUCACUGCCCAAGUAACUAAUUAUUUCGCGAAACAAGACUUCGUCCAAUGUCAUCCACCCAUCAUUACCUCCUCUGACUGCGAGGGAGCAGGAGAGGUAUUCACUGUAGCUCCUGGAGUUCCUUCCACGCAACACCAAGGAUCGUCGAACCAAGCAAAAGAACAAGAGGAUAUGUUUUUUGGCUCCCCUAAGUACCUAACUGUUUCCAGCCAGCUCCAUCUUGAGGCACUGGCCCAAUCUGUAAACAAAGUCUGGACCUUGUCGCCGACUUUUCGUGCCGAGAAGAGCGACACUGCUCGUCAUCUGAGCGAGUUUUAUAUGCUUGAGGCAGAGCUAGCCUUCGUGGACGAUAUGAAGGACGUCAUGGAUGUUGUGGAGGGUAUGCUGCGCGCCCUUGGGACAGAGCUCCAAUCAUCACAUGUCGGCCGAGAGCUUCUCGACGCUCGAGCACGAGAAUUGAACGACGAUGACACUUCCGUGUCGCACAGCACACUCGCACAACGGUGGCAGGGGCUUAUAGAUGGACCAUGGCCUAGAAUCACCUACCACGAUGCGAUACAACACUUGAAGGAUGCCGUAGAUGAAGGCAAGACGCAAUUUGAUUUUGCACCUGGUCAUGAAGACGGUCUACAGACUGAACACGAGCGAUUCUUAGCAGAAAGCAUUGGACGAGGUAGCCCUAUUUUCGUGACCGACUAUCCGCGCAAUAUCAAGCCGUUCUACAUGGCGCCGUCAACUGACCCAAAUGCGGAAGGACAAGCUGACCCAACAGUCGCAUGCUUCGACCUUCUCGUGCCGGAAAUCUGUGAGCUAGCGGGAGGUUCUAUGCGUGAGCAUCGACUGCCUGAACUUGUCAAAGCUAUGGAAGAGCAUGGCCUACAGCAACCGGUAGACCUGGAAUCUGAGGUUUCGGACGGGUCCCUGCAGUGCUAUGAAGCAUUACCGCCAAACUUUUCUCUUUCCGCAAACAUGCUUGCUGGCGCGUUUGCGGGCAUCGCUGAGCAUUCGGUGAUGUACCCGGUUGAUCUGUUGAAGACUAGGAUGCAAGUCGUCAACCCCUCGCCAACCGCCAUGUACACAGGCAUCUCGAACGCAAUGGUCACAAUUUCGAGAGUGGAAGGCAUCACGACAUUAUGGAGAGGACUGUCGAGCGUUAUAAUGGGAGCAGGACCCGCGCAUGCCGUUUACUUCGCAUCUUACGAAAGUGCGAAGCAUGCUCUUGGCGGAAACGAAGGAGGGAGCGACGAACAUCAUCCAUUUGCAGCAGCUGCCAGCGGUGCGGCGGCCACGAUAUCCAGUGACGCCUUGAUGAACCCAUUCGAUGUCAUUAAACAGCGCAUGCAAUUGCACGGCUCAAUAUACAAAUCCGUCCCUCACUGCGCGCGCGAGGUUUUCCGCACCGAGGGCCUUGCUGCCUUCUACGUCUCGUACCCAACAACCCUGUGUAUGACUGUGCCCUUUACGGCUCUUCAGUUCAUGUCAUACGAAUCGCUAUCCAAGGUCAUGAAUCCCACAGGCCGCUACGAUCCCUACACACAUUGCUUCGCGGGAGGAAUUGCUGGUGGUUUUGCGGCUGGACUUACGACCCCUCUGGACGUCAUCAAGACGCUAUUGCAGACACGUGGAAACGCUAGGGAUGCGGAACUAAGAAAUGUCUCGGGAUUGCUUCAGGCGGCGAAAAUCAUCAAUCAAAGAGAAGGGUGGAGAGGGUACUUCCGUGGCUUGAAACCCAGAAUUAUUACCACAAUGCCUAGCACUGCGAUCUGCUGGUCCGCAUACGAAAUGGCGAAGGCGUUCUUCAUUGCUCGUAGCACAGACCCUACAAAAUUCUCGUAGAAACUAUACCGCCGAAUUUGACGAUUUCCAAACAGCGAAAAUGUGCCGUUCAUUUAGACGACAUGUUCAUACUCCGCGGAACGAUAUACACACGAAUCCUGGGAAUAGAUGAGGUUUGUGCAGCGUUUGGUGUUACAGUUGAGGCUUAGAAGUGCGCGCCAGGUAGGCGAACGCGAUCUUGCUGGGCUUUGCAGCCGCGUUAUGUAGUCAUAGAGGCUUCUUGGGCCUAACCUUUGGAAAGACCAUGUGGCUGUGUACAAAUAUUCGGAUGCUUCUUGGAGCGCAUUUACAGCCGGCGC